AUGGGCGGCUGGUGCGAGGUUUUCCGAUUUCUCCUCGUCGCCGUCCUCGCCUGGGCUUGCACCGCAUCGCAAGCCGCCGCACCAACAACCUACGUCCCCGCUGCCACGCCGGCGCUGGCCGCGAGGGCGCAAUGCCCCGCAAACACGUUCCCGUGCCCGACUUCCUUGGGCGCCGCCUUCAAUGACAUAUGCUGCCAGAACGGCCAGACUUGCGCCCUCGAUGCCAACAACAGCCCAGCAUGUUGUCCUGCAGGGGCAGUUUGCACUGGAACCGCGCCAGCGACGCCCCUCGAUUCCGUGCCCACCGCCGCAGUCUCUUACGUCCCGAAUUCGUACUUUUCCUUUCCUUACGCAGCGACGACCUUUGCCAACAGCGCCUCGUGCGCUUCCGCUGUCGCCGCUUGCUCGAGUAACUACGGCGUCUGUGUCGCUGGCCUGCAGAGAAACGGCGGCUACGCCGUGACAAUCAACGUGCCCGGCGGCGGAGGCACCACCGUGGGCGGCAUGCAGGGAGACUUGGGUGCGUCGGCCACACCAAUCUGCUCUAGCUUGAGCUCCCAGGCAUGUUCCCGGCUCGGGGCGACCAAAUGCGAAUCCUUUGGCCAGAGAUCCGGUGAGAGCGCGGCCCGCCUCCGUCUUUCGCCCAUGCUGGCCCUCCUCGCAGGCGUUGGCGUGGUUUUCUUCACCACUUUUCCCGAUGCUCGGCUUUGA